AUGGAGGUGGAAGGCGUGGUGCAGUAUCGACUCAUUGGCUCCCAUCCAGCUGCAUCUGGUCGUUAUCACAGCUUUGGAUUUAAAGGUGAGACGGUGCCUCUAGAAGCAUUACUGCAGGCAGUUGUAAAGCAGCACCAAAUCAACCUCACAAAGUACAAAUUUGAGGUACGCCACCUCUUAACGGUCAGUGCAGAGCGUCAGGAUUCUCAGACGGCAUCAAAAAAUGCCACCAAUGACGUUUUGCCGUUGGAUACUCUUUUACGCACGUACGACAGGAUUGCCGUGAAUGUAUUGCGGAGGCAUUACAUGGAUGGAGUAACUCCAAACGUUCAAACGACAGAAGAAAACCACCUACAGCACGUAGAAUCUCUUUUACAAUCUGAAGAGGCCACGAAAGACUCACAAGCGCCUUGCUCUCGCAAACAAAAGCGUGGUCGCAGCAGCGAAGAUAUGAAUGAUCCACAUGCCUUUAGUCGAGUAACCGCUUUAUCAAACAAAGCAUUUCCUCUGAUUCCUUGGCUUCAGCGUCAGAAAACUACUGAACAGACACAGCUCAAGAAGCGAACUAAAGGGACAUGCAUUCUGUGCGACCUGGAAUACUUUGAAGAGGUGGUACUUACAUGUUGUCAUUACUCGGCUUGCAGGCAGUGUUUGGAGCUGGCAAAGACAAUGCUUACCAAUGAGAACGAGUGUGCCGUCUGCGGUGCUUUGAUCGCGAGGCCAAGCGCGUACACCGAAGGACAACUCACAACAACAACACCUGUGAAACAGGAAGGAGCUUCCACGAUUCCAACCAACGCUGCUGUAAGUAGCGAACGAGCGGGAACACAUGGUGUCUAUCAGCAAGGACCUAAAAGUACAUGUAGCAAGCGCAGCGCACAGGGACGUUUCCACGAACUCUUUGAAUUGAUAGAGAGCGAUCUAAAAAAAAAUAUGGCACGCGUACUUUCUUUACUUGACAUUGCUGAUCCAAUCAGUCCAAAGGCAAAAGAAAAGAGAAGGAUUAGCGCAACACUUUCUCUCUUUGAUGAGAAAUGA